CUUUCUUUUUCUGUUUGUAUGUAAUCUCUCUCUGGUGUAUAUUGUACCAGGAUAAAAAAACAUAUACCUCCAAUACUUUGUACUACAUAGUACAGAUACUUAAGCAGCUCAAUCUUAUUGUAUGACUCGCUUAGAUUCUUGCAGGGUUCUAUUGUAUGUCGUAGGGUCCUUCUUUUUCCAUGUGCAUGUCCCUCUUCUCUCAUUCUCUUUCAUCCUAGUGGGCUUCUUUACGGAUCUUUUUGAAGGAGGAGAAAAAGAGAAGAAGAGCAAGGAAAGAAGCAGGGUGCACAUUUUAGUAAUAAAUACUCACAUACACGACGACGAUGACGACAACGCAUAUCAUACGAUACAGAUUUUGUCAAAUUUGCGUUAUCAUCCAGGGUUGUUGGUACGUUAUCAAUUUAAGUAGGACCCGUCAUUAACACAUUUUUCUUCAAGGGAAAGAGAGAAAACCCUGCAUGCUGAUUUAUAUGAUAUGUUAUAUGUAUAUAGAGUGUAGUAUAGGGCCUGAAGAAAAGGCUACUACAAUACAUAGAGGUUUCUAUUCACUUUUUCCAAAAUCGAGACUCCUUGCUAACGCAUGUUUGUUACUACUAUUACUAUCAAAUGCUUGUUGUGAUGGUAAUGGUUCGUCUCGUAAAGUGACACCGCCGCUGCUGCCGGUCGAAGGUUUAGUACUGUCAACUACCUCACCCACGGAAGGAUUUUCAAUAAUGACAGCCGAAGAAGGUAUAUGCGCAGACAUGCCAAUGGCAAUGGUGGGUGUCUGUGGUCCAGUGGAAGGGGGAGCGCGUGAAAGUGGUGGUGGUAGUGGUGGUUGUGGAGAUUUGGCAGCUGCACUAGCACUAUUAUUAGCAGUAGUAGUACUCGUACUGAUGACAGGUUGUUGUUGUUGUUGGAUUGGGGUCGUGGUGAUAAUAGGAGGUGGCAGGGGAGGAGUAGGCUGUUGUUGUUGCUGAGCGGCAAUCUGUUGUCGUGUUACACGUAGCGAGUCUUGUCGUGGUGGUACGAACUUGCCUCCCUUGGUAGUAGUAGUAGUAGUAGUAGUA